AUGUGUCCCCUGCAGCAUCCCCGGCCAUUUCCUCUGGCCGAUGCCGGCAUCCGGCUUCCGUGUUCCGGUCCCUGUGACGUCGAGACGUACGGGCGCCGGAACCGGCGGGAAAUUUGAAAUUUUUGCUGUCAUUGCUGUUUCAAUGCAUUUCACAUAUUUUCUCCCUACUGCUUUGUCCGGCGCCCUGCCUGCAUUUUGACUGUUCUUUCUGCCUGGAAACUUAGAAAAGUCCAUGGCGUCCAAAAAGUGUCCCUUUACGUCAAAAGCGGCUAGAGAACAGCGAUAGUCAAAAAUCAGUAACCACUUGCAGAAUUGA